AUGGCGCAGCACUUGGCCCUCUCCAGCGCUGCUGCAGUCCUCGGCUGCGGCAUGUACGGCUAUUUGCGGGCAGGAUCAGCAGCUUCUCUUGCAGGAGGAGCUGCUCUUUGCUGCGCCUUUGCCGUCUCGGGCCUGGCCAUUCAGAAAACGGACCACAUUGGCUUUGCCAGCAUCGCCGCUGCAGCUUCGGGCGCCGCCUGCACCGCCAUAGGCGCGAGGAGGUGGUGUCGGCCAGCCCCCAGCAGCGUGGCUUUCUUUGCACGCAGCCAGCCCGUUAAGCUGCCAGCUGUGGGGCCAUUAAUGGCAAGUGGGGCCUCUUCUCUGGCUAGAAAGCUGCAGCAGGGCCCCACGGGCGCCGCCGCCACCGCCGCCGCGGCAGCAGCAGCAGCAGCAGCAGCAGCAGCAGCAGCAGCCCGCGCAGCUCUGGAGGCCCCCAGCUGCCCGCAGCGGGAGAAGCAAACAGCCAACCAGCAGCAGCAGCGCCGGGAGCUUCCUGAGACUAAACAAGAGACUUCAGCUCAAGUUCUUUUGCAACUGGAGAAGAAGGAACUGUGCAAGCCCGAGUGGGCCCCUCGGGAGCAGCAUUUGCUGCGCCUUGUUGAGAAAGGGGCGGCAGAGAAGGUGCCACAUAAGGCUCUGCAAACAACGCAGCAGCAGCAGCAGCAGCAGCAGCAGCAGCAGCUGCAGCAGAGGCUCCGGGCACCAGCAGCAGCCUCUGCAGCGCAGGCCCCGGGAAGCAGCAGCAGCAGCUGCAGCACAGGCCCCGGGCAGCAGCCGCUGCAGCACGGGGCCUGGGCAGCAGCAGCAGCCGCUGCAGCACAGGCUCCCUGCAGCAGCAGCAGCAGCAGCAGCAGCAGCACUGGGGAGUCUCACCUGGGGGCUCGUCGUAGAGCGGGGGCCCCUGGGGCCUCCCCAGAACCUGCACAUCCAGAAAGGAGCGGCAGCCUCGAGACUUGCAUUGUGUCGUCUGCGCAGCACGAAGCGCCGCAGCAGCAGCAGCAAAACGAGGGCUUCCAGCAGCACAGGGGCAGCAGCAGACCUGCUGCAGCGCAGCAGCAGCCCAGCUGCAGCGCGGCAGCAGACGCAGGCCGGCAGCAGCCCGGCAGCAGCGCAGCAGCAGCCCAGCAACCGCCGUGCAGCACCAGCGCAGCAGCAGCCCAGCAACCGCCGUGCAGCAGCAGCGCAGCAGCAGCAGCGCAGCAGCAGCAGCGCAGCAGCAGCAGCGCAGCAGCAGCAGCGCAGCAGCAGCGGCCGACCUAUGCGGAGGACGAAGGAAGAAAUGCAGCUUUUGUGUCGGAGUUUGAAAGCGAUGAAGUCCGCGAGGAAGAUCGCGAGAAUGGCGAGGCCGACGGGGCCGGAAAUGUAGAAGAAGUUGUGGGUGACUUUGCGUUCAAUCCAGUUGAGAGCGUAGAAAAACCUACUUCGGGGCUUCGUCUUGCUGACCCGCUGCGCAGCGCACGGAGCCACGCAGCAGCAGCAGCAGGGCAAACGCGCAGCAGCAGCAGCAGGAAAAACGCGCAGCAGCAGCAGCAGCAGCAGCAGCAGCAGCAGCACCUUGAUCCAGUGGUUGGGAUGGUCGGUGAAGAAGCUGUCGAAGUAGCGGAACCAGUAGACGAGCAGGAAGAGAAUUUGCGUUUUGACGCUGAGUCCUUUGAAGCCCCUGUUGGAGAUCAGCAAGUCCAGCAGCAGCACGAAGCUGGCGCAGUGGAAGAACUCCCCCAAGGCCACCCAAAUGGUCACCAGGGGCUCGUAGAGCUGCUGCAGAAUGAACAGCACGGCCAGCGCAAUGAGCGCGAGCCAGCGCAGCGUGAGGUGCAGCAUUUUGCUGCAGCGCGACGGCCACACAAGACAGCGCACAGCAGCAGCAGCAGCAGCAGCAGCAGCGGAGGCCCCCGUGGUCUUGCUGCGGCUCCCUAG